CCGCAGUCAGUCUACAGGCUGCAAACGUCAACCUUCCCGUUACCAGCCCAUCACUCCGCUCCGUCUUUUAGUAAUCAGCGAGGGCAUAUAAUUGCAAAGGUCGGUGUUGUCUUUCAACAUUGCAGAGUAUCUUGAGGUAUUUACACAUAGGAACGCUACAAAUACAUUGUCCAAGACAGUUGUGGAGCUCAUGAUUGCAAGUCAAAAUGACAUCUUCACCACAAGCAGCACCAUUCCCCCUUCUCCUCCAAGAUGCCAAACUCCUCCUUGAAGCACCUUAUCCAUCGGUAGAAACAGGCUACGCCCAAACAUCAGAUGGCAUGUACCAUAUCGCCGCAUCAACCUACAUGCCCAACUGCACGGGUGACAUGAUCAAAUGGUGGUUCGGCUGGCUCCAUACCACAGACCAAUACAAACUCUGGCAUCCUCUUGAUCACGUCUACUCCUCCUGGGAAGGACCUCGAGAUAACAAUUCUACUUAUAUCGGAGGUCAUCAUCUCGUACAUGAAUACAUCGGUGGGCAUCUCGCUAAACUGAAAAUCUCGUUCUUGGCUCCGGCGCUGUAUUUUGGUGAUGACUGGGAGAAGGAGUUCGAGAAACGGGGGUAUGAGGUGGCUGUUUGUGGGAGGGUGUCAAACUGGAAUGACGAGACUGGGGAAACACUUCCCAUGGGGCAUCUAAUCCAUUUGAUCAAAAAAGAGAAGAUUGGGGUGCGGAUGAGAAGUCGGUUCUGGCUUGGGGAUAUCGAGGGUGUGACGGAUCCGGAGGUGAGGAAGAAUGCGGUACCGGGAUUCUUGCCGGAGGGAUUAUGUAGACAUGCUACUGAGGAGAUGGCGAUACUUGCAGGUGUUUUGCCGGGAUUGUAUGAGAAACAUGCGAAGAGAGACCGGGGAAGCUGUAAGGAAUGAAUCUGAAGUCAGAAAUGCCGGGAAUAUUCAAGUCCCUAGGAUCUUUAGAUAAUCAAGUUGAACAUUCUUAGAUAGAAACAAAU